AUGGGAAGGUCAUUUCCUCCUAUUUCCUCCCUAGCUGAAAAAGAUCCCAGUGAAAGAUGGGGAUCAUUUCGAAGCCUCGAUGCAAUCUACAAAGAAGUCGGGAUGAGGCAUCGUCGCUUUGAAAUGGCUUUGAACACAUGGGCAAAUUGCAUGGUCCACAUUAACAGAAACAGAACAAAGUUGUUCUUUUUGGGCUCCUCACCUUUUCACUUCCUAGGUGAAGAUUGGGGCAUGGAUACAAGUCGAAUUGCUAUAAUGAAACUGAGCCAAUUUUUUAUGAGGGAUAAUGGGGAAGUACAACGGAUCGUGGAAUGA